CUUCUUAGUAAACUAGUAGAAAAGACAGGAGAGUUUCGUGUAUUAGAGUGCGUUUUUAUUCAUGUAAAAAAAGACAAAUAGUCACCUUUUUUAGAUUAAAAAAAUUUAAUUGAAUGCGUUUCUAAUAGUAAUUAAUUAAUUAAUACUAAAAAAAUAUUAGAAAAUAAAACUGAGGUCUAUUUUAAUCACCUUAAUAAAAUAGAUUUUUUUUUUUAAACUAUACCAUUAAAUCUGUGGGUAAUACAAGUAGGACAGGGCUUUUUUUUGGGGCUUUUGAUUACACCAUUCAGGGCUAUUUAGGGUUAUUUGAGUUUGGUUUUAGGGUUUUAUUUUGUUGGGAGUUGGUAACACUGCAGGAUGCUUUACUUACUCUUUGGAGAAUUGCAAGAAAAAUAAGCUAGAGCUCGCCGAUAUUUACUUACAUAAAAUCGACGAUAAUGUUGUAAAUAAUUUGGUAUCUGCUUAUUCAAUUAUGGGUUCCGGUUAUUAGUAAACUAAGAAAAUAUAUGUUCGGAUUGCCGUACAAUUGUGGUGUGUAACAAAUGAUCAUAGAUGCUUAAGUAGUUUUGCUCGGUGAUGGGUAUUGUUAAAAGUCUAUUUACAAUCUUUUUAGAGUACUGGAAGCGAUGCCUGAACAUCUGGAACUUCAACACCUCGUGGAUUUAUCGGCUGGUAGUGGCGAUGAAACUGUACCAAAUCUUUUAGAAAACAAGAGGCCACUUAUAAAAAGAUGUCCUUAUUUGGGUCUGAUAUUAGCCACCUUAUCUUCUUUGUUUUUCUCGUUAUGUUCAGUCAUAGUCAAGAGUCUCGUAAAUAUUGAUCCAAUGCAACUAGCAAUGUUUAGAUUUAUAGGAGUACUUUUGCCUACAUUACCUAUUGUUAUUUACACCGAACAACCUGUUUUCCCCCCAGGCAAGCGAUUAUUGCUAGCCUUGCGGUCUAUUGUAGGUACAGUGGGACUAAUGUUAAGUUUCUAUGCCUUUCGGAACAUGCCACUUGCUGAUGCAUCAGUGAUUGUCUUUUCUGUGCCUGUUUUUGUAGCACUUUUUGCGAGAGUCUUUUUAAAAGAACCUUGUGGUAUUUGGAAUACAAUUUCUAUUAUAUUGACACUUAUUGGAGUUAUACUAAUUACACAUCCUCCAUUCUUCUUUGGUAGCGAUACCUCUGUGGAACAUAAUCAAAACUUCAACAGUUUGCGAGGGGCAGUGGCUGCUUUUAUUUCUACAAUAUUUGGAGCUAAUGCUUAUGUUUUGUUGAGAGUGCUCAAAGGAUUGCACUUCUCUGUAAUCAUGACUAACUUUGGUGCUAUUGCCAUAUUACAAACUUUAUUUUAUUCAUUCAUUUUUGGUGUCCUUUGUAUGCCUAAUUGUGGCACUGAGAGGUUUCUUGUUGUCUGUUUAGCACUGUUCAGUUAUCUUGGACAAAUUUUGCUAACAAUGUCUUUACAAAUGGAACAAGCAGGUCCUGUAGCCAUUGCAAGAUCAGCAGACAUUGUAUUUGCAUUUCUUUGGCAAGUAAUGUUUUUUAAUGAGAUACCCAGUAAGUUUUCUGUAUUUGGAGCUAUUUUGGUGCUUAGCUCAGUUAUGCUUGUUGGUUUAAGAAAAUGGGCAUUAGCAUUACCUGCAGACUCGCAACUGAGAAGCAAAUUGGGAGUGUUAGCACAAUAGUUAUAUUGUAUCUUUUUAUAUAGUUAUAUUAAUUACAGGAUCUCACUUGUUUUGCUUUGUUAGUUUUUAAGUGACAAUGUUUUGAUAUUGUUUUCUAGACUGCACUAAAUGAAUUAUGUUGGUGUAACCAAAUACAAUAAUAAUAUAAUGAACAUAUUUAUUAGUAAAUAGGUAUAACUUUCACCCCUGAAGACUGUUAUGUAAGUCCAUUUCAACUUGCGUUGUGUAUCUUGCCCUGUGAUGUCAUUUGCAAAUGUCCACCGCAAUUAUUUGCCUUAUUUGUUAAUUGUACUUGUAUAUUAAUUUGUUGUUAUAAAGCAUUGUUGUUGUAUGUAAUGAGAAACAACAAUCUUUAGUAUAAUAAGACAUUUAUUAGAUAUUGAAAAUAGAAUUACAUUUGUAGUCUAUUAGAAAUGUAGGCUGAAAUUAAUAUUAUUUAUGGCAAAUUUUUUCUAUUAUUAUUAUUAUUUAAUUAUGUACUUCAUUUAUUAGUUGAUUUUCUAAAAAAAAUUAGGAUUUAUAUCAUAAAAUGCAUUGUUUGAUCACAUAUCAUAAAGUGUAUUGUUUGUUGUCUGUCAAUACAUAAAUUUUCACUUAGUACCUAUAUUAUCAUAUAAUGUUCUCUUCGUCAUUAAUAUUAUAAAUAUGACCAUGACCAUAAGUAUUUAUUAAAAACUAUUUUGCAAAUAUUUACACAAAAUAUUUAUUAUAGUCAUAUAAGGCAUUACCAUUUUUCAUCACAUUAAAAUUAAAUAUUCUUUAAUUGCACUUAGU